AUGUCUUUUCGCACCAGACCCAUCUUGCAUGUGGGCUCGGGUAUCGUCACGCCACAGGGCACCAAGAGCAGCACCUUCCGUCCACCUCCACUUGAUGGAAGCCUCACCGUCCCGGAGCUCUUCCAAUGGCAUGCGAAAAACAGUCCUAUGCACCCUGUUUUUAUCUAUACACACCCUCAGGCUAUUGACGAUGGAGCAUUACCGAAGGCGCUAUGCUACCCCGAAGUCUAUCGAGCUAUCGGACGAGCCGCCAAUAUCACGAAGGGCCUCUAUUUACAGGCGGAAAGCGUGUAUUCUAAGCAGCCAGAAAGGAAAGAGAAUGAACCCCCGGUCUUUGGUAUUCUUGCCGUCGCUGAUACAAUAUCUUACUUCACGCUCAUCGUAGCCAUAAUGCACCUUGGCUUCACGCCGUUUUCAAUAUCUACUCGUAACUCAGCAUUGGGUAUUGCGCACCUUCUGAAGCAGACUGGUGUCAUCCAGAUGUUUGUCAGUGCUGACCCUGCCAUGCAACGCUUAGCUGCCGACGCAAUUUCUCUUGCUGGAGAGCUGGAGAGCAGUGUCCGCAUUACGGUUUUGGAAUUGCCUCAGUUUGAACAAUUAUACGCCCCUAACGGGAAAAACGAUGAGGUAGAUACCGACAAGAUUCAAGGGAGGAUGAAUUCGGAGACAAUAGCGUUGAUAGUCCACUCUUCCGGAUCAACAGCGUUUCCUAAACCUAUCAAAUUCACGAAUCAUACCUUCAUACGGUGGGGGAUGCUGCCGUACUACGGUGGAAUCGACAUUUGCGACCGGCCGAUUGCGGCCCAUUCCCUCCCUAUGUUCCAUGCUAUGGGCGGGAUAAAUAUAGUGUGGACGACAUGCGCAGGCUCAAUCGUGUCAUGCUUCGCCCCUGCGUCACCACCGACCUUUCCUACACCAGAGCUUGUUCUCCAUGCCAUUGUCGCAUCAAAAAGCGAGCUCGUAUUCUGCGUGCCUGCGUUCAUUGAAGCAUGGGCCCGUGAUCCACAGAACCUUCCUAAACUCAAAGCCAUCAAGACAAUUGUGUUUGGGGGCGCGCCUUUGAACCCUGGUGUCGGGGACGCGCUCUCUGCUGCGGGGGUGAGACUGACUCCGUUUUAUGGAACCACGGAGACAGGAUCUGUCGGGACGUUUGUCCCCGCCGAGAUACAGCAGGAUGAGUGGCAAUAUUUCAAGGUGUCCCCUCAUAUGGACGUAGAAAUGGUUCCACAAGAAGGACUUGACGGAGUAUUUAUGCCGGUUGUUUUGGCAUCUGAGACAUUUAGUCCCCAUGUUUUGAACUCGGAAGUAGACGGUCGAGGGGCCUUCAUCACAUGGGACUUAUUGGAGGUACAUCCCACGAAACCGGGGUUCUACAAGGUCUACGGCAGAGCAGACGACCAGCUUAUGCUGUCGACCGGAGAGAAGACCAAUCCUGUCCCACUCGAGAACAUCUUUGUACAAGACCCGCUCAUCUCGGCGGCCAUUAUGUUUGGUCGGGGACGUUUCCAGAAUGGUGUAUUGAUCCAACCGAGUACAAAAGCUGUGGUGGACCCCCAUGACGAGGACUCUCUCAGCGCAUUUAGAAAUCAAAUCUGGGAUACGGUGGAGAAGGUCAACGAGUACGCUCCGGCACACUCCAGGCUCUUUAAGGAGAUGAUCCUUGUCACGGACCCAGCCAAGCCGUUGGAGUUUACCCCAAAAGGUACACCUCGACGCCAAGUCUGCAUCUCAGCAUACUCGGCUGAGAUUGAUGCAUUGUACGAGAAAGUCAAGGAUUCGUCGCAAACUGAACUCAUACCUCCCAUAAAUUGGACGGAGAAAUCGACCUUGGAAUUUGUGGACACUGCCAUCCGUCGCGUUGUUUCAUCCUCUACUGGUAUAGGCCUCGAGGAUGACUUGUUCCAGCAAGGGUGCGACAGUCUACAAGCCACUUGGAUCCGCAACACGAUACUCCAUGUAUUGGGUGUCUCGACCAAAAUAUCUCUCCACGAUGUCCCAUUCAAUUUUGUCUAUACCAACCCUUCCAUUGGCGGUCUUGGCCGGUAUGUAUACAAGAUGAUUCAAGGUCCAGGCUCUUCAACUGUGUCCGAAGUCGCCACCAACAUGGAGGAGAUGCGUGCAUUUGUGGACAAGUAUCAGCUCAAACGAACCGCCUUGGCCACUCGGGCGGGUCCUCACGCUGCCACUAGUACAAAGGACAAAGACAGUCGCAGUGACGUUGUUUUGAUCACCGGAACGACUGGGAGGUUUGGUUGUCAUCUGUUGGCGCAGCUCCUCGCGGACGACGAAGUUUCUUGUGUAUAUGCUUUGAAUCGUCAGGAGAACGAUAGCGGUGUUCUAGGAUUGGAGAGGAGGCAGACCGACGCGUUCAAUUCUUGGGGUCAUGAUAUUUCACUUCUGUCUCCGAGAAAGCUCGUGUAUCUGGUGGGGAACUUAUCAGAUAAAAACCUGGGCCUUGAUGAAGAUGUCUAUGCGAAGCUCAUCGAAUCCGUGAAUAUUGUCAUCCAUAACGCAUGGCGCGUAGACUUCAAUUUGCGCCUGUCAUCCUUCGAGCCUUUGCUCUCUGGCGUUCAAAUGCUUCUCGAGCUUUGUGUGCUGUCGAAGUGUGAGGGAGGACCUCGCUUUGUGUUCGUCAGUUCUAUCUCCACCCUCCUAAAUCACUCGACUUCAGCGCCAGCCACAGAGGAUUUUACAGUGAAUCCCGCGCUCGCUAUUGGGGGCGGUUAUGCAGAGAGCAAAUGGGUUGCUGAGCAAAUCAUCGUCCGCGCGACCAAACAUUUAGGGUUGAGGGGCACAUCAGUCCGUGUCGGGCAAUUGAGCGGGGAUACCAAGAUGGGAGGGUGGACGACGAAGGAAUGGGUACCUGCGAUCGUGCAUCUUAGUCAAAAGGUGGGGUGUGUACCGAUAAGGAACGAGAGGUUGUCCUGGAUCGCAGUGGACACCGCCGCGUCUGCGUUACUCGACAUGACACAAAGCGCAUCACACGAGCCCAUCCUCCACCUCGUCUCCCCGCAACAAGUCGAGUGGGACACAAUAUUCGGGGCCAUUGCUGAAAGGCUCGCCUUACCAUUGAUCCCUUACGAAGAGUGGGUCGCAAAAUUGAGGUCGUCGCAUCUCGAAAGCAGCUCCGUUUCGGGCAUGAGUUUGCUCGAUUUCUUCGAGAGAGGAAAGUUCGGGGAGCAUGUCCCAUUCUCUACUGACAAAGCGAUCCGGUAUUCCCCUACGCUGGCUCAGUGCCAAGCAUUGAAACCGGAGGAUGCAAUUAGAUGGACGGAGUACUGGCUUCGUUCGGGCUUUCUUCAGGCUGACGGAAAAUGA